ACGUUUCAACGACUGUGACUACGGCCGCCGCUGCGCGCCAGUCGUGUCAUGGAGGAUCUCCUGCUGCAGCUCGUUAAGGAAGCGCACAAUGCCAAACUACACGGCCUCAGAAAGGCUGCCCAGGAUGCCUCCGACUUCCUGGAGAAGCAGCAGGGCCUGCUGCGCGAUCCACCACACGAGCUACGCGCCAAGUGCCUCCGAGCGAUUCAGCUCGCCCUCGAGACCAAACGCAGCAAGUUCGUUGCCUUUGGCUUAUCCGGCCUACACAGAAUGCUGCGGGACGACAGAUUUCAGUCGCCGUACGAGCCGGAAGACGAUUCCCUGUGGCUUCCGGCUCAGAUGCUGCACGCAAUGGGUUCCAUUCUGUCGCAGUCCGACGACACCCAGACCGACAUGCUCAAAGUACUGCUGCAAGUGGCGUGCUGUCCCUACUGGACAAUGAACGGCCGCUUAAUAAUCGCAAUCCUAACGACUUGCUGCGAAGCCUUUGAGCACGGCAACCAAGCGGUCAGAACUGCGGCUCAGGCGGCCACUAGUCAAACCUUGCGGUCGUUCUGCUUAUUUUUGGACGAGGAGUGCCAGGAGAUGGACGAAAGUGCCAAGCGCAACAAGAGCAUUCGCGAGCGCGGGGUGUGCUGCUUCAACGAAGCGCUGCCCAUACUGCAGUACAUCUGCUGCAAGCUCGACGAGGCGCAGAACGCAAGGAACGGCAGCACGGUCGUCUUCCUCCUGGAAUCGCUGCACACGCUGAUCUCGUCGCUGCCGCAGAAGAUCCACACCAACGCUCACUUCACCACUUUUCUCUGGCAAAAGUUCUGCCCGGCUUUGAUCGGGUUCCUGGGCACGCCGCGCGUCGACAAGGCCUUCAGCUCGCGCGAGGGCAAAGACUCGGAAAUCGGACGUGGCUCUGGCUACCUCGUCAGCCCCCUCGGCUUCGACAGCCACCAAGCGAAGACCGUUUAUUGCAUCGGAACGGAACUAGUGCGACUAGUAGGCUGCGCUGGGCCGCUUCGUCCAGUACUCGAGUCGGUCUUCCAUCGGAUGCUGCUGUAUCCACCCCCUCAGCAACGUCUGGAGCCUCUGAAAGCUCUCAAGGAAUUGCUGCGCAGUCCAAGUCGUAUCGUUGAUUUCUCCGGGCCGCUGCUCGUCGAGGAGGAGAAAUCCUGCCAGUUGCAGAGCGACAUGGCGCUCAUGAGGCUGGCGAUGGACUCGAUAGAGGAGUCGACGAGCGCCAAUCUGUCGGUACUGCACGCCUCGGUCUCCUGCGUCGUUGCCAUGCUGUCGGCGCUCCAGGAGCUCUGCGACGGCAAGGCCAUCAGUCACGAUUACACUUGCACCAUCAACAGCCUUUACGACGACCUCGAGUCGUGCGACUAUCGCGGACCGCUCACUUAUCAGAGCAUGGCCCGUCUUCCCAAGACCUAUAGAGAACAGCUGGAAUUGAUGAAGAAGAACAACGUCUCCGACUCGGACUCUUCGGGGCACGGACCGUCGGAAGACGGGGACUCGACCGACACGGAAGGUCCAGCCAACAACGAGUCCGCCGACGAUGUCGUUGAAGACGGCAAUAACAGUUGCCUCGAAGACAGCGACUACGUGCUGGCGAACGAGCGCGAAAGACUGAGAUUGGAGAAGCUUCCCAAGUGCUUGCACGUGGGCAGGCAGUUCGCCGAGGAGUGUAACGUCGACGUCGAGAGGCACAACGCGAGGAAAUUCGUCAAGACCCUAAAGCUGGAUCUCAUACCGACGGUUUUGGGACUGAGGACUAACAUCGAGGUCGACGAGGCCUUGCAGACUUUCGCCUCGGGCUAUUGCCAAGCGCAACAAAAGCUACGAGAGCAGAAAGACCCGGCCAGCGAUAACUGCACGCUGGUGACAAUUAUGAACGCCGACGGGAUAUAUUUGGCCACGUACGCGGCACUCUUGCUGAAUUUGAAACUGAUCCGGAUGAAUUAUUACGAGGACGAUAGCCGGCAGAUUCCAGCUACCGAGGAACAGUUCGUCGAGGAAGUGCACGGUUCGGGCGUACUGGUCUACCUGUCGGCGACCUGGCUGUCCGAGCUCUACCAGCAGGUUCUCGCGUGCAACCUUCUCCAAAAAUGCGGCUACGACCGGUCGUCCAACGAAAACAACGCUCUCGUGAACGUUCUCAUUGACGUCGACGGCAUCACGGGCAGUCAUCCCGGGGGACAAUUGCUGUCGGAUUAUCUGCGCCUGGAGAAAGCCCAGCCGUCGCGCAGUGAGCGAACACCCGAGGCCGAAGCCGGUGCCAAGCUGUCGAGACGCGUGCUCACUUGCUGCUGGGAUAGUAUGGUGGCUGUCCUGGCGACUGGAUUGAAUCCUUGCAAAGACGAGAACGGAAAGGGCAUUUUGGGUAAAGACGACGGUAGAAGUGCGGUCAAGGAUACGAUUGUUCUUUCACUGGAGGGACUGCACAAGGCGGCUAUGCUCAGUAAUAUUCUGGGCUUACAAAGUCGUUGCGGUGCGAUCUUUGCAUUACUGGCCAAAGCUGCGUGCUCCGAACAGUCGAUUUCCAAGCUGAGACGCACAAAGGACGUGCUCAGAUUGAAGUUACAGAAUAAAGCCACCAAUUUGCACACCUCGCACGCGCUGAGUAUGGAGGUUCUCUUGGCCAAAGGAUUGGAACUCGGAAGCCAUGGAAGCGAUUGUUGGCCUCACGUUUUCACGUGCUGUUUGUACGUUAGUAAGUUAGAACACGAUUUCUUUGGAAAGAAUCAAAACCUAGCUUUCCCGAAGGUCGCAAAGAAAGAGAAGAAAGAACCGAAGGAGCCAGCUAAUGAUUGUAAAUCGAAUCAAGAUAGAUUGCGUCUUAGUUUUAAUAUCGUUGACGAUGACGAUGAUACUUGUGUGGACGUCUACAGCUUCCUGUCAACGCCCUACACGCAAAGCACAGCCUUAGAAACGAUUCCCGAGAUCAUUCACGAAUCUAAUGCGGACAAUCAGUUCAAUGGAAUUCUACCGGCCGAUUAUGCCGCAAAAAUCGUUUGCGUUCUCUCGCAGCAAGUCGACAGAUUAUUCGAGGAUGCGGCGCUCAAGUUGAAUUUACGAGCUUUGUGCUCAUUUCUGCAAGCGCUGUGCAGUGCAAGCAAGGACCAGCUGUUCAAGAGCGUCGAUGAUAGUCAAGAGAAUAGGAAAAUCUGGUGGCGCAGAAGUAAGCCACGCGAGGAAGAGCUCAAUGUUUUGCUACUGUCGAGGCUCGGCGAAGUAAUGCUCAAAUGCGUAAAAAGUGGACGUCCAUUGAUCCACAUAAUGAGGGUAUGGAGUAUCUUGGGUCCGCACUUCAUGGAGGCUGCUUGUCAUAAAGACCGUGGCAUCUCGAAGAAAGCGGUCGAGUGCAUCCACGACUCGAUGGCUGCGUUACUGAACGAUCAACUCGAGCUACCCCAUUUCCACUUCAACGAGGCGCUUUUCAAGCCCUUUGAAAACCUCUUGUGUCUUGAACUCUGCGACAGCGACGUGCAAGAUCAAAUUGUCAGCUGCAUCUGCGAGUUCGUAGAGACGAAUCGCACGGAGAUCCGUUCGGGUUGGCGACCGUUGUUCGGCGCUCUGAAGGUCGCUUCGGUGGGUAAUGCCGAAUGCGUCGAGUCCGCGCCUCUCCUCGAGGUCUUCCGCAUCUUUCUCAGCACCGACAAUCCUCUUGUUUUCGCCAACGCUGCUCUCGAUUGCAUACUCUGCUUGCUGAGGCAUGUGCGCGGAAUCGGCGAGCCCGAUGCGCCGCUGGCUGAAGCUGGUGCUCGUAACGACUCUUCCACUGAGACGGACGGUCGAAAAACCGGGCUAUGCUUGGAGAGUCUCAAAUAUCUGCUAAACUGUAGUGAAAUUUUGGCCUCCAUGUACCGAAUGCCUGCCUGUCCGAUCUUCCACGCCGCUCAAAAAAUCCAGAUGUCUAGUAUACCGCAGUAUGUCGAUCCUAUUAUACCGAAUCUAGAAAUAGCACGUUUCGACAGGAAAAGCGAUUCAUUGCACGAUGUCAUACCAGAAGUGUCUUACGAAUUGCUAUCGACUUCUUCGGACACCAAGACGGUCAAUCUGCAGGCUAUGGAUAAACCGAGCGGUAUACUUAGAGUUUGGUACUUACUCAUCGAAGGUUUAGCGAGCGCAACAAUGAUCAGUCCAAAAAAGUAUCAACCCCAUACACUGGAGACGUUGUUCCAUUUAUUGAGAAACACGUUGAACACGCCUGGACCGCUGUUCGGCUUGUACUGCGUCAAUCAUUUGCUACUGCCGAUGGUACAGAACUGGCUUCGCAAGACUUCGAAAAUCUAUCGUGGAUGGGACAAUUUCGCUCCGAACUUCAAGCAGUGCUGCGGGCUCACCACAGACCUGAUCGUCGAUUUCAUAGCUCAUUUACAAGGGCCCGACGCGAAAAGGGAAGAAGCCUUCUUAGCCGCAACGACGUUGAUGCUGAAGCAGCUGUUCUUAGUCAUGGCAGAGUGCGUCGUUCAACCGACCGAGAGCAUCGCUAGGCUUGGCUGUGCCUGCAUAAGGCACGUACUCGUGAGCAGCGGCCCGAACCUGACUGCCGACCAAUGGCAAGUGUGCGGGGUGGCGUGUCACCGCGCCUGCUCCAACUCGCUGCAGGAGCUGCACCAGCUGACGAUGGCCUUCUCGCCGCGGUCCGAGUCGUUUUACGGUGACGCCGCGCAGGUGAAGGUCGCCGCGAGACGCGACAGCACGCCCGAGGAAGCCGAGAGACUCCGUCAACUUGCCGCCCAGGUAUUUCUAAUGGAAGAGCAACGGCUAGAAGAGUUACUCGAUUCUCCCGACGAUAAAUCCUACGUCUUCCUUCUCUACCCACCUUCGAUCGCUUCGACUCUUAAUCCUGAGCUCUAUAUCGUACGAGUACAAAUGAGAGCUCUUGUAGUGGGUCUAUUAGUGCAUCAGAUGCUAUUGCAUUCUAUCGCAAGUGUUUUGCUGGAGGGCACAGACAUUUCUGUUCCAAGUUUGUCCAACGUGUUAAUGAGUCCAUCAUUGUCAUCGCCAAAACCUCGUUCAUCAGUAGCUUUUCUGACGCAUCUUGAGCCACGACACGUGGAUACUUUGCUCUCGGCACUGGACCUGUCUUACGCAGCAGCGUUGAAGUUGGACUCUCGACCCGGAUUAAAAUUCCUUCUACAAAAAGUCGCUAAUCUCCAACGACCAGCUAAUCUCUAUCAUCAAGCUUGCACAGCUUGGACAAUCAAGAUUUUCACAUUGUUCGAAUUGUGCUUGCGGGAAGUAGCCAAGAAUGGAGUUGACUUUGAAAGCGUUGGAUUGAUUUUGAAUGACGAAGUUCGUCCAGAGUCCAAGUAUCGCCAAUUGUUGAAAUAUCUGAGCUUAUUACAAACGACAUUUGACGAGCUCUGCGGCACAUACGUGGAUAUCGCGCUUGACAGAGAUGGCAGAUAUACGAAAGUGGACUCUUUUGCUGAGAAAAAAUUCUUUCUGUUGGUUUCUCAACCCGACGAAUAUACUGAGAUUGUAGAUCCAAAUGAGGAUGGCGCAAACGAGAAUAAUCGGCUAGUCUACAGCGUUACGCCAAACUCUGAGGACGAUUACGCAGAUGACGAUAGUGCCCUCAAGGAUCUUGGUGUUAACGUACCUGUCGAGGAAGACGCUCGACCAUUCCGUUUAUCCGAUUUAGCUGCUGAGUAUUCUACCGACUCUGGUCCACAAUCGGAGCCGGAGACUGACGAUUCAAGACCUUGUUCGAGAUUAGGGUCGAGUAACUCAAGGACCGUAUAUUUGGAUCGAUCGGGUGGCGCGACCAGCGAAGAUCUAGUCGAGUCUUCGCAUACACCUGAUAUGGACAAAGUAUUUAUGCCAAAAAGUAUAUUCAAGGAGGUCAAAAAUGAUACGCCUGAUAGUGAAAGAGAGGAGGCUAGCGGUGAUGCUUACCCCAAGGAAAGGAUGCGGAAGAGCGAGGAUUGUCUAUUGUCCAGAAGGUAUAACUUGAAAUUCAUCCAGAAAGGCGAACUCGAUGCGAAAAAGGAGAGUACGUACUUCCGGUCUAAAUCCAUGAUGGAACUGAGUCAGCCGAAAGAGCACCAAUCGCGGAUUGUUCAUCAAUCAUCCGCGGUGACUUCCACUAAUACCGAAUUACCCGAAAGCGACGACGAGGAUCUAACACCUGCAGCUGAAUGUCCACAGACAGCACCGAUCGAUGCCGUGAAAGCUCUACUCGAAGAACACGAACGUAGCAAACGGGGCCUCCGUACAAAUCCAUUUUUGCAAGACGAGCACGAGAAAAUGCUGAUUGCUAACAGAGCGAUGAGCAGCAUUGACGACGACGGACAGGCAGCCAGAGAUGCUAAUAAGGACAGUGAGAUUCGCAGGAAGGCUUGGGCCGAAACUAUUGCCGCUAGUAUCGAGUACGCGCUUGCACUUUCGGACGAGCGAUUGGCGCCGUUGCUUCCGGUUCUGCUGGGCGGAGUUCGAAUACUGACGCGACACGCGCACGAGUCGGCGCUCAAGCAUCGGCUGUCGGAUCUCUUCCAACGCAUCGCUCAUAUCUAUAAGACCAGACUCGCCGCCAAGUGAACUGCUAGCGGCUACAUUCAAUUUUUUCUUUUUCUUUUUCUUUUUCUUAUUCUUUUUUGGUCUCACGUUCACGGAAAGCUACAACGUUGUUAUACGUCUACUUUCUUUUCUUGUUCCUUUUUUCGUCGUCUAUGGAUAUUGUCUAUAUAAAAAACAUAGUAAGAGGUUGUAUUAUCGAUGUACAAAUACGGAUGGUCAAACUAUAUUUUUGAAAGUCUUGUUGUUACAUGUUGCUAAAAAAAAUUCGACUGAUAGGUGUUUCAAAGAUUUUAUGUCGUGUGUGGAGAUGCCGUUAUAUUUUUGUAUUAAGUUCUUAGGCAUUUAGUAAAGGAUGUGUAAUGAACCAAAAAUCGAGCUUUCCGUGAACUUUGGAGUUAUAGAAAAUUGAAUAAAUUGUUUGCUAAGGGGCACAAGUAUCAUGAUAACAUUGACUCAGUGGAAGUGUUAAUUAUUCUUCGUGUUCUGAUUCGGAUGAAUACUGAGUUGUCACAACCGUUAGGCGAUAAAUUUUUUCGAGUACAACUUCUCUGUGCUCUGUUUGUACGGUAUACAAGUGCAUUAUAAAGUUGACUGAUUCUAGAACAAUUUAUAAAAUAAAGAUGUUAAUUAAUGAUUCUUGUACUAAAAGUAUCUAUAUACGAUAAGUAAGUUGAUCUUACAACAAUGGGUAUUAUUGCGCGGUCAAAUGACAUUUUCAAUUACACUAUGAACGAUGAGUCGAUUGAUUACUAUGGUCAUAUAUUUAACUGACUGCACUGUUUGAUCCAGAAGUAUAAUCUUGUAACAUUGAUUCAAAGCCAUGCUUAUUUCGAAAUAAUAUUAUUUAAGUUUUGGAUCUUAGUUUCUUUCGAUCGUGCCGUAAUAUUAUCUCAUGAACGGUUAUAUUCGAAGAUUUUAUUAAAAGUUAGUGGCGUGUAAGAAAUCUCUCUUACGUUCAAAUGCACGAUAUACGGCUGUGGUACAGAAUGGCAGGAAAUGAACAGUAUAUUCGCUUUGCCGCUCUCAAGAUUAUAUAUAUAUAUCGAAAUCUGGUGCUAAUGCACGCGUAUUUUACCGAUGAAUAUGAUUAAAAACAUGUUUGCUGUUUUGAUCUUUUUAUUGGCCCAUCGUCAUAAUUUAAAAUAUUUAUAUUGCUUUGUUUCUAUCGAGGAGUUGGGCAUUUUGCGCAACUUGUUAGGAAAAAUUGUAUACAAUACUCGCACGCACGUAGGUGUCUCCCGUCUUGUAUCGUAAUAUACUAUUUUAAUUGCUAUAUACAACAAACUCGAUAUUAGUCCUAACAAUAUCAAAUGUUUCGUUCAGUGUUCAUUUGCAUUGGAAUACUCCUUCGCUUUCCCAAAUUAGAACAAAUUGAGUACAUUCAGUUACACGUUUGAUUAUUGUGUGUGAAAAAUAUGAAAAAAACCAUUAGAAAGGUUGAAAAGCGACUGAAUAUAUCAUUAAAGAAAAUAUAUA